UGGCAGCCCUGCUGGCUGUCAGUUUUAUACGCAAGUCAUUUCGGCAUCAAAGUCAUUCCGGCAUUUGGAAAUUUGUUUGUUGUUAAUUUCAAAGGCGAAAGAAGGAAAUACUACAGCUAUGUUUAUGACACGCUCCGAAUACGAUCGAGGUGUAAAUACUUUUUCACCCGAGGGCCGUCUCUUCCAGGUGGAAUAUGCCAUUGAGGCCAUCAAAUUGGGUUCCACAGCCAUUGGCAUUUGCACAAACGACAGCGUUGUUUUGGCCGUAGAGAAGCGUAUUACUUCACCGCUGAUGGUGCCAAAGACUGUGGAGAAGAUUGUUAAGGUGGAUGAGCAUAUUGGUUGUGCCACCUCGGGUCUAAUGGCCGAUGCACGCACCUUGAUCGAGCGUGCACGUGUCGAGUGCCAGAAUCAUUGGUUUGUGUACAAUGAAACAAUGACCGUUGAAUCCUGUGCCCAGGCCGUAUCCACAUUGGCCAUACAGUUUGGUGAUAGCGGCGAUAGCGAUGGCGCCUCUGCCAUGAGCCGUCCCUUUGGCGUUGCCAUACUCUUUGCCGGCUUUGAGAGUGGCAAACCGCAACUCUGGCACAUGGAUCCCUCCGGCACCUAUAUCCGUUACUGCGCCAAGGCCAUUGGAUCGGGCAGCGAGGGCGCCCAACAGAACUUGCAGGACAAAUACACGCCCGAGAUGAAAGUCAAGGAUGCCAUCGAUUUGUGCUUAAACACACUCAAACAGGUCAUGGAGGAGAAACUAAAUGAGACCAAUGUGGAGCUUAUGACCAUGACCAUGGAGAAGAAGGAGUUUACCAUGCUCAGCGAGGAGGAGGUGAAGAAACUCAUCGAGGAUCUGGCGUAAACUUUAUCAUACCGGCAUCUUUCUAAACACACAUUUGAUUAAAAAUACAUUUAUAUGUGAAUAAAGGGAUUCUAAAUCGAUCUACUUAGAAAUUA